AUGGCUGGUCACAAAGAUGGACCAAUCGUUGAGACAGGCAAACCUUCCUUUGUCAUCGACCUAACAUUAGGUGCUGGAUGCAGGUCAUCAGAGAGGCUCCAAGACACCGCGAAGAAAGACUCGCCAAAGCUCAUCAGCGGUGCACAUCCAAUGGCCGUGCCGGGAUUUGAACCCCUGACAUCCAGCAUGCGAGGCGAGUGUGUAACCACUGCUACACCAAGGCACGUUGGACGCAGCUUUAUUUUCACAUCUGAACAGGCGGAUGUGUUCACGCUUGAGCGAUGCGAUUGGUGUGCCCGACGAUCGAACGAUGAGAUGUCGAGUUUAUUUGGUCUCAAAUCAGCUAUGAUGAACAGAAACUCCCAUCACGAAGAUGCCCCAGAUGCCAGACAGAACAAGGCAAAGGAAUCAGAUGACAAACUGCCGUCCAUAUUUGAUGAGCGCAACGGACGACUGCGCCGGUUAUCCGUCGCCCAAGGAGUUAGAAAGCUGACACUGGCUUCAGGUGCAUGCAGUAUUUCCUCACGGUUGUACACUAGCAGUAAGGCGAGAUGGCCCAAGCUUGGGCGACGUGGCAGUAUCCCAGCCCUCGUGCUUCCUUCGGGUUGCACGGCAGUUAAGCACCCAAAUGGUGCUACAGCGGAAAGAUUUUUUUACUACUUGUUUAUUGUUAUGGAUAUAAACGACAUUAGUCGAGAUUCCAUUCAAAGAGCAUUCGGUACCAAGAGGAUCAUGCCAUCACCAGGGCAUGACUUCUCCCAAACUGAACAUUCCGCAAGUCGGGCCACACCCUCCCAAGAUACAGGUCGACUGUUGACUUUUCGUGGCUCAGUCACAACACCAGUGUCACGCAGGGCAAGUCAACAAACCCCCAGUUCCAGCAGUCUGGGAUUAUCACUCAUGAGCAUCUUCGCCGCCAAGAAAAUGUCCCGGAGAUUCCUAGCCGCACUUUCGGAGCACGAAGGACGUGACAGGAGGUCCGGAUCCUUCAGAAAGAUAUUUGGCACGAUAUUCGAGAUACCGCAGUAUAUUUUCAUAGAGGAAACUGUUCACAUGGUUGCUGAAAACUCUUCAUCAGCCCACGACCGGUAUUGUCCUUCUUGGGGCUCAUCAGGUAGGCACAGUCGCCGAGUUUCGGUCAACCUUAUGUUCUACUUGAACCCAAAUUGGACUGUUUUCGAGAAAUACACUCAUUUGCAACCAAAUUGA